AGUACCGAAGAGGUUGCAGUCAAGAAACCUCGAACUUUCAAGGUAUACUCUUACAGAGGUGUUACACUCGAUAAACUUCUCGACCUCGACAAUGAAGCUCUGAUCGAUCUCGUUCACGCUCGCGCUCGUCGUAGAUUCUCACGCGGUCUUAAACGUCGUCCGUUGGGUUUGAUCAAGAAAUUGCGCAAGGCGAAGAAAGAGGCUUUGCCUAAUGAGAAACCGGCUACGGUCAAGACUCAUUUGCGUGAUAUGAUCAUUGUUCCGGAGAUGAUCGGAAGUGUUGUUGGUGUUUACAACGGUAAAUCCUUCACCACGGUCGAGAUCAAACCUGAAAUGACUGGUCACUACCUCGGCGAGUUCUCCAUCACCUACAAGCCUGUCGGUCACAGUUACGGUGGUCAAAUGAGAGAUGCGCGGUUCGUACCUCUCAAAUAG